AUGGACAGUGGAGACGAGUUUUUCUUCCAUCAUUUCCUUUGUUCAUCGGACGAUUCGUCGUCGGAUGAUGAAGAUCUUGUGAUGGAUGCACUGGUCGUUCACGACCAUAUUCAACGGCAGCUUCGUCGGUACAGGGGGUCACUCCCUGGCCGUGCUCCCAACCUGAACCGCAACAGGGAGAGAGGCCACGCCCUGCUCUAUGUUGAUUACUUUGCCAACACCCCGCUCUUCAAGCCGGAUAAAUUUCAUCGCCGUUUUCGUAUGGCAAGGCAUGUGUUCAAUCGUAUCCGAGAGGGAGUGAUUGCUCAUGACCUAUACUUCGAGUGUAAGACAGAUGCCCUUGGCAAGCUUGGAUUCUCCUCUUACCAGAAAUGCGCCGCGGCCAUCCGCAUGCUUGCAUAUGGAAUUCCAGGCGAUCUGGUGGAUGAGUAUGUGCGUAUGAGUGAGACAACAUGUCUGAUGUCAAUGUACAAGUUUUGCCAGGCUGUGAUCGAGGUGUUUGGCCCAGAGUGCUUGAGGCAGCCAACUGCCGCUGAUACAGAGAGACUGUUGGCGACCAACGCAGCUAGAGGUUUUCCAGGCAUGCUAGGCAGUAUAGAUUGUAUGCACUGGGAGUGGAAGAACUGUCCAUUUGCUUGGCAGGGCCAGUACAAGGGGCAUGUCAACGCGUGCACUGUCAUAUUAGAAGCGGUGGCUUCGCAGGAUCUUUGGAUAUGGCAUUCUUUCUUCGACAUGGUAGGUUCUCACAAUGAUAUCAACGUGCUGCAGCGUUCUCCAGUCUUCGCAAGGCUUGCAGAAGGCCACUCCCCACCUGUCAACUUUGAGAUCAACGGCCACCAGUACAACAAGGGAUACUAUCUAGCUGAUGGCUCUGGCGGAGUUGCUCUUGGGGUCAUCCAUGGCGACCCCUCCGCGUUCUUCUUGGCUCUUAUCGUUCGGUUCUGGAGGGAGGUGCCUUCCGCUGUGAUGAGAAGGAGCGCACCGGCGGCGGCGGCGGCGGCGGCGUGA